AUGGCCAGAACGGGCACCAAGCGCAACUACCAGUCCUUGGACUUGACCGAGAUCAAAAGAUCAAAGGUCGAGUCCAAGGAUGUGGGCAAGAAGAUUGCUGCCGCCGCCGCUGGCGGAAAGGUAGCUCGAGCCUCUUCAGACUCGGGCUACCAUUCCGACUCCUCCAACGCCGCCGCAGCAGCAGCAGCAGUCGUCGCCGUCCCCAACCCAGACAACGCGGGAGAAAGGCUUUUCAACAAGCAGACGGCAAAGAGACCCCUUCCCACCUCCCAACUGCCCCUUCCCAUCCGCCUCCAGCAGCGCUUCGGCGCUCGCGACGAGGCCCAGGUAAAGACGUAUCCGGAGCAAUCCGCCCGCGGUCUCUACGUCUACGCCGACGGCUCCAACAUCAGCGUCUCCUUCUUCAACCACCUCAAGAAGCGCAUGGGCAUGUCUAGGGACCAGCGCCUCUCUACCUCCGCCUUCUCCUUCUACGCAUUCAGGGGAAUACUCGAACGCGGUAGAGAGGUCAAGGAGGGCGUCGUCGUCGGUUCCCGCAGCAAGGCCAGCAACACCAACAACAACAACAACAACAACAGGCAUAUGUCCUCGUCUAUCCCCCUAUACCUGCAGGAGGCCGAAGCGUGUGAUUACACCGUCAAGGUCUUCCAGCGGGUUCCCGCAGACCCCUCCUCCCACGCGGGCUCCUUCGCGAUGAAGGAGCAGGGGGUAGACGAGACGGUCCAGCACCACAUGCGCAAGACCGUCCUCGACAACCUCGGCGCGCCGGGCACCAUGAUCCUCGCCACGGGAGACGGCAACCUCGACGGCGACAUGGAGGGAGGGUUCCCCGCCGCGGUGCAAUCCGCCCUCGCAAACGGCUGGGUCGUCGAGGUCUACCACUUCGCUGAGUCCGCCCACUCCACCUGGCGCGACCCGCGGUUCCUCCACAACCCGGCAUGGGACGGCCGCCUCACCUGCCAUGCUCUGGACGACUUUGUCUUCGAUAUGGACGCGAAGCAACAGCAGCAGCAGCCGCUCACCCCGCUCGGCACAGAGGCCCCUCGCUCUGCAAAGAGGACUCGCCGCGAGGGCAGGCCCUACGUUCCCUCUUGGACCUUGCCAGCCUCCUCCUCCGUUGCUCUCCCCCCGGCAGCAGCAGCAGUCACCCCUCCGCCAAGUCCUCCACCAGAGACGUCGGCACCAGUGACCCCAGAGGAGCAAGCAGACGCAGAGCAGAUCGGCACCCUGGUAGGAAAGCUCAACCCGGCGCUGUUGCCCGUCAUCGCCCAAGCUAUCCUCCGCAGCGCCUCGGCCAGUCCUCCUCCCGCCAACCCUGCGUCUGCUCCUAUUCGCGCCGUAGUACACGGAGACGCCAAUAGCUUCGCCGGCAGCGCAAUGGGUCAUUUCGGCGCCCAGAUCCCCACGCCGCCUGCUCUCUCUGCCGCCGCCGCCGCACCCGCCUACCGCCCUCAAUUCCCUCAGGCCUCGUCCUACACUGCAGCCUUGGGCCAGUACCAAUACAACGGAGUCUGGGGGAAUCAGGUGGGCAACUACGGGCACACCCGCUGA